GAAAGGCUGCUGUGAAGUACGUCUCAAAGACCGUAUUCCUUAGCCAUGUUCAGCCUUUCUGCAUGGCUUUUAGAAUCCCCCAUUUAUGGAUCCUUAGAGUGGGAGCCUCGUAAGUUGGAGACACCAAGCACCUCCUGGGGAGACCUCCAUCUGCAUGAAAGAAAUCUGCAAGCCAGUUGCAAUCCUGGGGGAGAAUUUCAGUGGGUGAUGUGAUUUGGACACACCGUACACACACCCCUCAAUCCGUCCUCCCUCCGCCCACCCCAAGGAAGGCUGUUCAUUUCACUCAGGAAAAUAAAUAAAUAAAUGACUUAUCGGUGUUGCAAAAGGAGGCCAGAAUUAGACAGCUGAGGCUCACCACUAGACUUUUAAACGGUGUGACUGGCUGCAGAAAUGAAAAGCCGGUUUGCGUAUGGACUUUGAAGUGAUGGGAGACAGCGGUGCCAAGUGAUCCAAGCAAGAUGAGAGUCAACCCUCGCCCUGCCCUGCUCCACAAUGAGUCAGAGAGGAGCCAGCUUGAAUCUCUUCAAGUCUGUUUUAACUUCCAGUCUUGUUCUGCCCCAUCUACGGACCCCAAAGAACGCAGCACACACAAGAAUACCUUGGCCAAGGCUUUAUAUGACAACAAAGCUGAGUGUCCAGAUGAGCUGGCCUUUCGCAAAGGAGACAUUCUUGUAGUUCUUGAACAGAAUCUCCUUGGGAGUGAAGGUUGGUGGAAAUGUUCACUUCAUGGGAAGCAGGGCUUGGCACCAGCCAAUCGCCUCCAGCUUCUUACUUCAUCACAGGUUCCUUCCAUUGAACAAGAUUUUCAAGAACUGCCAACCAACCCUUGGACUACCUACCAGGUUCCUUCAGUACAUGGAACUGCUGCCCCAUUAGCUGUCUAUGAAAAAAUGGAUGGUUGGAUUAAUCCGCCUUCAUCUUCAUCUUCUACUUUAUUGUCGCCAACACAAGAAGGAUACCGAGGACCAGCUCUGGCUGCCAAGCUGCUCAGUGAAAAGACCGAGACUUCAUCAAAUCAGCACCUCUUCACUCUUCCGAGAGCAAUUUGGGCAUCAGCUCCAGAGAAAAGAAACGACGUCUAUGACAUUCCAACAUCCCAGCAUCCUGGAUCCCUGUUGACUCAGGAUCUUGCCACUCCACCAUCUUCUAGAAAGGACUCCAGAACAUUUCCUUUCAUGGAAUGGUGCCCAGAAAAGGUGCAGCAACUUUAUGAUAUCCCAUCAAACCCUGAAAAGCCAAGAUCUUGCCCAUGGCAAGACUGUGCAGUGGAAGAUGUGUAUGUCAUCCCCACACUGUCAACUAAACCCAUUUCUAAUUCUGCAGAAAAGCAUUACAAAACGUUACCAAACCUUUGGAAAUCAGAAUGGAUCUAUGAUGUACCUGUGGCACCAGACAAAGCAAAAUUAAUGCAAACUUCUCAGAAUCAUUCCCCACAGAAUGAUUCCCCACAUGCACUUUAUGAUAUACCACCAAGCAGGUUCAAUUCUAAUACCCCAAAAAUAUCUCCAAUAAAUAAUAAAGGAAAAUCAAUAGAUCCGAAAUCAUAUAAUAUUCCACCUGUACAUAGGAAAUUAACUUGCCCGGAGCUUCCUCUUUAUGAUGUACCAUCCACCCGCGAUACAUUUGUGCAGCGUCCAGCCAGCAAUUAUGAUGUUCCUUCCAAAGUUUUGUCUACCAGGAUUGAAAAGGAGAGCCAGAAAUUGACUCAUUAUGAUAUUCCAAAAGGAACACCUGUUGCUUUGACGCCACAGAAAGAAAAUAAUUAUAAUUCGGGAGAUAACCCAUACAUCAUCCCUAUGCCAUCAUCCACAGAAUGCAAUGUGGACCAAGAUAGAUUGUCUGUUUCAAGUGAAAAUAGCAGGACCAGCACCAUCUCCACAUUGUCAAGUUCUUCUACCGAGUCCUUUUCGUCUUCAAUUUCAUCAGCGUUUUCAGAAGAACACAUAAAAGAGACAACUAUGGAGCUUGAGUUGGCUAUAGACACCCUGACUAAACUACAGCAUGGCGUGUCCAGUUCCGUUGCAAGUCUAAUGAUUUUUGUGAGCAGUAAGUGGCGAUACCCAGAAUAUUUAGAAGGAAACAUUGAGGAAAUCCACCGAGCAAUCGAUCACAUAAAGGUGUCUUUGGGAGAGUUUUUGAAAUUUGCUCAAACUAUUGAAAGAAAUGCAGUUUUGGGAUCAGACAAUAAACUUCAGGAAAGAAUUAAAAAACAGCUGAAUGUUCUCUCAGAUUCCUUUCAGAUUCUGGUACAAACCAGAGAUGCUUUAAACAAAUGCAAGUGGACACUUGAGAUUCUAGCUAUUAAGAAACCUCAGAGUAACCCAGAUUAUCUGGAUCAGUUUGUUAUGGUGGCUCGUACCCUUCCUGAUGACAUUAAAAGAUUUUCAUCUAUUAUUAUAGCUAAUGGGAAGCUACUUUUCAAAAAGAGCUGCAAAGAUAAAAAUAGCAAGGAUUCUAAAGCUGGCGUAGAGCUUAAAAUGAAGAAAUUUGGUCAUGAAAAGCCAGGAGAAAAUAAUUCUGUUCUAAUCAGUAGUUUGGACAAAGCAAAAGAAAACAAUCUCUAUUCACCUGUUUCUGUCCCUGAAGACUGCUCUACUCAUCUACAGAAACCAUUACAAAUGGAACAAACACAGCCAACGUCUAAGACAAAGAAGCAUGAAGAAUUUAAAUUAAAGAGUUCUCCACCUAUAAUGAAAGAAAGGACUCUCAGCAAACAAGAUCCAGAUAACAGAAUGAUACUCUCCAGCCUCUCCAGACUGUAUUUUGGAGCUGUCCAGAAAGCCAUUGGUGUUUUCCACAAAACUCUUAGUGAUAACCGGACUCCUGAAAUCUUCAUUGCCAAGAGCAAGCUGAUCAUUAUGAUAGGCCAAAAGUUGGUGGACACCUUGUGUCAGGAAGCCCUUGAAAAAACUAACCGGAAUGAUGUCUUGCGUGGCAGCAGCACAUUUUGUGGCUUGCUGAAAAGCCUGGCAAUUGCAACCAAAAAUGCCGCAAUGAAAUAUCCAAAUCCUGAGGCAGUUAAAGACCUUCAGGAUCAAGCCGAUGAAUUAUCUCAAUUCACACAGCAAUUUCGAGAUACGAUGGAAUGAAGGAAUACUGGAACAGUUCAAAAGGCAAAUUUAGAUGUUAGUGCUUGGACGGGGUAAAGUACACCCAUGUGGGGGUGGGGAUGUAUGUCGACUCCCCUCUCUGUGUCUCUUAAUACAACUCCAGGCAAUGCUGAGCGAGAGGCCUCCAAGAGUGUCUUCUCUCAAAUGUUUAAGCAUGAUUAAAUUCUUCCCGUUGUCAAAAAUCCGGAUAUAAAGACUUUCCGAGCAGAAGCUUUUCUUUGUAUCACCUUGACAUUUAUCCUGAACAUCUGUACAGACAUCAGCCUUGAUCAUAGGUAGCUUGGGGUCAAGGUUCAGUUUAUACAACUCCAUUUAAAUUGUGUGUUCUGUUGAGGCAAAAUGUUUCAUUAAGACUCUAAGCGUGUGUUGUGACCCAGGCCCAAAUAGUUAGUAUUAAAUACAAACAGUUCGAAAACAAACAGACUUCAUUAGAAAAGCUGAGAAUUAACUCAGCUGUUAACUCAGAAUUAACUCAUUCUCAGCUGAGAAUUAACUCAUUCUCAGCGUAGUCCAAACUAAAUUAAAGCAAAUUCUUCAAAACACCAUUCCUCAAUUUAUCACCGACCUUGGGAUAAUUAGGCAAGCUGCCAAAGGCUUUUCUUGGCAAAAGUUCAGAAGCAGAACUUCAGAAGCAGAAGCCGACAAGAAAUGAAUACAGUGAAACAAGAAGCAAUUCUCUCAACGUUGUUUUCCGGCAAAGAGGCCAAGAGCCAUUGCUGGUCUUUUAAGCCCUAUGGGAGAGGCCAAUCAUCUCUUGCCCUACUCCCGAGUCGUCCUCUCUGCUUUAUCUGCUCCUGUCUUCUGGCAGCUCUUCUCAUACGUGCACUAGGAACAAGCUCCUCCUGUUCCUCUGCCUCUCUACUGUCAGCCUCUGGAAGCUCCGAAGUCCGAACAUCACUCCCCGGUGGCCGCACAUCACUCUGACGCAGAGCCCUCAUCUGGGCCUUCCCCAGCCUCCAGGACUGGCCCCUGUUCUUCCUCAGCCUCAUCGCUGUCUGACUCUACUGCCAGCUCCGCAGGCUGCUGGCGGACCACAACAGCGUGUUCACAAAAACUGUGUCGGAUUUUUAGACAUGUUAGGGUUUUUAUUAUUACAAAGCAUGUACGUCUGACUGCUUGAAGGUAACUGUACUGUAGCAUUCUACCCCGUAGAGAUAUGGGGUGAGAAGAUAUACAUUUAAGAAGAACCUAGCAGUAAAUUGAUAUGACAAGAUUAGGGCUAUUUAGAGGACUUGUUAUGAACUGUUACAAUACUGCUCAGGCUAUUAGCCAUUCUUGCAACCAUUCACUUGGUGUGACAAACUCUGGUGGACUCUUUAAGAUGGUGCAAAUGCUACUGUGACUAACCAUGAUUUCAGGUGUAAUGGUAUAGUAUGAAUUAUUUAUGUAGCAAAAAGCACGGUAAACAAUAGAAAUUA